CUAAAAAAACUACUGCCUCUCAUAUUAAAAGUAAAAGCAUAGAUAAUGAUGAUCAAGAUUCAGAAGAUACUCUGUCAGUUUUGAAAAAACUAAAAACUUCAAGUAAUCAAUCUCAAUCAACAAUAAAUUCUUAUUUUACUCAUCCUUUAUCUAAAAAUAAUAUUGAUAUAAUUCAUGAAGCAUUAGUUAAAUUUUUUAUUACUUGUGAUUCAGAAGAAAUUUAUAAUAUCGAUGAUUGGGAUGAUAAUAUUAAUGAUACUUUAAUUUCUAUAGAAUUAAAAGAUAAAUUAGAAAUAUUUUUUGAAGAAGAACAAGCAGAACUUGAAGAUAUUACAAAUUUAACACCAAAGUUUAUAAUUAAACAAUUGGUUGAUAUUAAUGAUCCUAUUUUUUAUAAUCAAACUGUAUUAAAUAAUUUUAUAGAUAAAA